AUGCCAGGUAUAAGAGGGGCAUCUAUCCAUCUAAUAGACGGACACCUUACCACCUACCUCACUAUUAAUCUAUUACUCUCUCUUUCUCUCUCUCUCUCUCUCUCUCUCUCUCUCUCUCUCUCUCUCUCUCUCUCUCUCUCUCUCUCUCUCUCUCUCUCUCUCUCUCUCUCUCUCUCUCUCUCUUUCUCUCUCUCUCUCUCCUGA